UUGCCAUUUUCUUUUGUCACGGUUUUCAUGUACUCUCCAGUCACUUUCAAUACCAAAAAGCAUCUUAUUUUUUUCUUUAUCUUUCCUGUUAAUAUAUACAGAAGGCUCACGUUUUGCCAAGUGGGUAACAGUUUCUUCUUCUUCUUCUUCUUCUUCCCUUCACGGAUUUAAACAAUGAAUGCGCCGCAGUAGUCUUUUAUUCAAUGUAUUUUCCGACAUACUUCAUAUAAACCCGGCAAGAAAAACUCUGUUUUUUUUUUCUCCAUAUAUACAACCUUCUUUAUCUUCUCCUUCUUCAGUUUAUGUUGCCUUAACCGUUUUAGGCAGAAAUAUAACUUACAAGAACAAGAAAGCUUUGUCUUUUACCUCUUGUACAAGGAAGGUAAAGUGAGUAUAGUAUCUUCACACUCUCAUGGCUACAAUAAAUGAGAUUGGAGUAGCAGCGGCAAUAAAUAUAGUCACAUCAAUUGCUUUCUUGAUAGCUUUCGCAAUACUCAGGAUUCAACCAGUAAACGACAGAGUCUACUUCCCUAAAUGGUACCUCAAGGGCCUAAGAACUAGCUCUAUACAAACCGGUGGCUUUGGAAGCAAGUUCAUCAACUUGGACAUCAGAUCCUAUGUUCGAUUCCUCAACUGGAUGCCUGAAGCACUUAAAAUGCCAGAGCCAGAGCUCGUUGAUCACGCUGGACUUGAUUCUGUUAUCUACCUGAGGAUCUACUUACUCGGGCUCAAGAUCUUUUUCCCCAUAGCUUGCGUUGCUUUUACAACAAUGGUGCCUGUUAACUGGACAAACAAGGGAUUGGAUGGGUUGAAGCACACUAAUAUAAGCUACAGUGAUAUUGAUAAGCUCUCAUUGUCAAAUAUACCAAAUGGAUCAGACAGAUUUUGGGUGCAUCUGUGUAUGGCUUAUGCAAUCACCUUCUGGACAUGCUUUAUGCUGAAAAGAGAGUAUCAGAAUAUAGCUUUGAUGAGGCUUCAGUUUCUUGCAAAUGACGAAAGGAGACCUAACCAGUUCACUGUAAUUGAGACUUUUGAAUCUUCUAAUCUAUUAAUUUAGGGAUUAUCUACUAUUUGAAGUUCUCAUUUAAA